AUGCCUCUAAUAGCAUAUUCAAUAUCUCCUUUUAUUAAAGCAGAUACUGAUAGAGGAACAUUAAAAAAUACAAAUAAUUAUAAUGAAGAAAUUUCAACAUUCUCUAAUUCGGAGAAUAAUGGUGAAAAAUAUGCGUUUAAUCCUGAAACUGGGGAAAUAAAUUGGGAAGACUAUCAAACUAACAGCAUAGUGGCACAUGGACCAUGUGGAAAAGAGUUUAAAGAUGCAUUUUCAUGUUUUGUUUAUUCAAAAGAAGAACCUAAAGGUAUGGAAUGUAUAAAAAAAUUUCAAGCAAUGCAAGAAUGUUUUAAAAAAUAUCCAGAAAUUUAUAAUAAUGGUAACUUAUCCUUUCAUUAUUGUUUUUUUCUAAAUGCAAUAAAAGAAAUUAGCAAUGAAGAUGAUAUAGAGAUUACAGAAUCUAAUGAUUUAUAA